UUUCAAGUAUUUAGGUCUACUAAAGCAAUGAAGUGAAAUUUCACAUUUUUAUUUAUCACUUAUUAAUGAAAAUUAGCAUUUCAUAGAAUCAAUGAAUGAUUUUAAAGCGAAAUUUUAGUUAAUCUCAAAAUAUUACGUACAUUUUAUUUCUUUACCGUGCCUUUUACACAGUUUGCAGCCGGAAGAAAACAGAAUGAUUUCUUCAAUUUGUAAAAGCACAGCUCUGGCACGGAGGAUGUCAACAAGUGUGAAACCCAAGACUGCCAUAGUAAUGUUAAAUAUGGGUGGCCCAGAGACCACAGAUCAGGUGGGUGGCUACCUCCUCCGCAUCAUGACAGACCGGGAUAUGAUCCAGCUUCCAGUGCAGAGCAGGCUGGGCCCCUGGAUAGCCAAGCGACGGACGGAAGAAGUGCAGAAGAAAUACAGCGAGAUUGGGGGCGGCUCGCCUAUACUUAAGUGGACAAACACACAAGGUGAGCUGCUCACGAAGAGACUGGACGAGUUAUCUCCAGAAACGGCCCCGCACAAGCAUUACGUGGCGUUCCGAUACGUGCCGCCAUUCACGGCCGACACCUUCACGCAGCUGGAGAAGGACGGAGUGGAGCGCGCAGUGAUAUUCUCGCAGUACCCGCAGUACAGUUGCGCCACCACCGGCUCCAGUUUAAACGCCAUCGCGGACUUCUACAAAAACAGAUCCGUCCCAAAAAACAUGCAGUUCAGCAUGAUAGAGCGAUGGGCCACACACCCUCUCUUAGCGGAAGUGUUCGCGGACCGGAUCAGGGAAAAACUGGCCAAGUUCAACGAAAAAGUUCGAGAUGAUGUGCUCAUACUGUUCACCGCUCACAGUCUACCACUAAAGGCAGUGUCCCGCGGGGACACGUACCCGCACGAGGUGGCGGCGAGUGUGGCGCUCACGAUGUCGCGGCUGCGAGUCCGCAACCCGCACCGGCUCGUGUGGCAGUCCAAGGUGGGCCCGCUGCCGUGGCUGCAGCCCUACACCGACGACGCCAUCAAGGCGUACUCGAAGCAGGGCAAGAAACACCUGAUCCUGGUGCCCAUAGCGUUCGUGAACGAACACAUAGAGACUCUACACGAGCUGGACAUUGAAUACUGCGACGAGUUAGCGAAAGAGGCAGGCGUGAUACAGGUGGAGCGAGCGAGCGCUCCGAACGACCACCCCACCUUCAUAGCGGCGCUCGCUGACGUGGUCACCACACACAUGAAGUCUGGACCCAGGGUCUCCAAACAGUUCCUCAACAGAUGUCCGCACUGCGUGAGCAAGAGAUGCGAAAUGUCCAAGAAAUUCUUCGCAGAGUUGGCCGGCUCCGACAUAGACAAACCUUUACUGGCUGCAUAAAUAUAUUACUAGAAUAUUUUACACCGCACCAACUGGUAAAGGCUCUCUUUAUUCUUCAAACACGAAUAGCAAAGUUACAUUUUUACAAGCUUUUAUUUAUCUUGCCUUGUUAGUUUGGGUCAAAACGUAGAAGCUAAAUUUGACCCACUUCCCGGUUUCCGAUUGAGCUGAAAUUUUGCUCACAUAUGUAAGUCACGUGAC